GCUCUGCCAUUUGCGCGUUGGUCGGCAGUCUCAGUAUUUCUCUGGUUCUCGUGCGUGUAGUACGUAAGUAAAAACCUUAAGGAUUUUCAAGUGAUUCAUUAAUUCAAGUGCUUCCUAAGUAAUUAAACUACAAUCACCAUGGCUGAUGUUGAUUCAAAAGAAACCAAAGUUGUUGCCUCUCCAGAGAAGAAAGUAGUGGAGGAGGAAAAGAAAGAGGUCGAGGAGGUUGAUGAAGACUCCAGAGCAUCUGAAAAUGGUGAUGCAAAAGAAGCUAAAGAAAAUGGAUCCACAGAGGAAAAAGAAACUGAAGAUGAAAAAGAAGUUGAAUCUACAGAAAAUGGAGACUCCACAGAUGCACCAGCUGAUGCCUGUUGCAUAAAAAGGAAAUCCACUUCUGGGCUUGAAGUAAGUGCGGACGCAGCUGACGGUGUAACUCCUGAAAAGAAAGCAAAAGUUGAAGAUAAACCCGUCGAAGCCGAAAGCAAUGGCGAAGCAAAAGCUGCGGCCUAAUAUAUAAAUAAAUCUAUAUCACUUAUUAUUAUUAUUUCAUCUUUACACCGUAAUUCAUGGACAUUAUCACCAUCUAAGCGUGAAUAUCGAUUAAAACAGAAUCAUCAGUGUGAAGUAGGAGAUGGCGGGAGAAGAAAGGACAUCAGUAGCAUUUUCUGAUAAAUAUUCUUUUCAAUCAGCAUUUUCGUACUUAAUGUGAAAGAGUGUAUAAUUAUUAUUAUAUGUGGAUCAACUUUUUAAUUAAGAGAAAUAGUGUUAUUAUAAUGACCCACCUGUAUAUGUAUUAUAAUGAUUACUCUCAACUUUCGUCCUCUCCUACAUAAGAAGAAUCCAUGCACAUUUACCUGUUUUAUUGUUACAAUAAGAGACGCGGAUAAUGUUAUAAGUAAUCUAUAUUUGUAAAUCGGAGAGAUUUUGAUGCGGUGCUGUGAAAGAGAUCCGAUUUUUGCUAAAGUUGCCGGAAAAUAAUAAGAUAACAUAUUUAAAGAUUAAAUUAAACGGCAUUGAUGGCAAAGAAACUUAUUUUUCUGUGAACUUAAUACAUUCCUGUAUUACGAUUUGGCAACACAAACCAAAUAUCUAUCAGUAAAAACUGUUUAAAGCAUAAUAUUCGUGCAUCGCUGAUUUUCAAAAAAUUGUUUCAAUCUUAAAAGAUUCUCAGAUACAUGUCAAUUCACCGUAGAAUUUUUUAUCUAUUUAUCAUUGCAGUAAUACGUGCUCAUACUAAUGUCCAAUAACAUUCUACGGUGUAUUGAUUAUUAAUGAAAAAUCUUUAAAUCUCAAGUGAAGUCUUGAGACAAUUAGUAGUUUGUCGUAUUUCGAUGUGGAAUGUGUAGGUUCAAAUUCUUAGACAAUUUGAAAAGAAUUAAAGUAAAAUAAGAAAAAAAAUAUUUCAUUAUUCAUACAUUUAAGUUUCUCUUCCGAUUAUAGUUUUUUUUUUCUUUUUAUUUAUUAAUUAUUCAGUAUAAACUGACUUUUCAUGAACGAAAUUUUGAUUUUUAUAUUUAGAACAUAACAGUGCAAUGUGCAGCUAAUAUUAUUUGAAUACAGACUUGAUAUUUUUGACUUGUAACAGCGAUGAGACAAAUGUUAUAAUAUCACAGGACAUAAAAAUGUGUAAUAAAAAUACCUUAUAAAUUUGAA